GGUGACGGGCGCUUCCCCGCCCGGAGCCGCCGCCGCCGCUUCAGCCGCUGCCGCCGUUGCGGCCCCGCUGCCGCCCGGCCCGGCCCCGGGGCGUCCCCGCCGGCCUCCUUCUGUCUGCCUCCCUGGCCGGCUCCCGUCGCGUCGCCCCGGCUCCUCUGGCUCAUCGGACGCCCCGGCCCGACCAUGGCGGACUUCGAUGAGAUCUACGAGGAGGAGGAGGACGAGGAACGGGCGCUGGAGGAGCAGCUCCUGAAGUAUUCCCCCGACCCGGUGGUGGUGCGCGGCUCCGGCCAUGUCACCGUGUUUGGACUAAGCAACAAAUUUGAAGCAGAAUUUCCUUCAUCUUUAACUGGAAAGGUUGCACCUGAAGAAUUCAAAGCCAGCAUCAGUAGAGUUAACAGUUGUCUUAAGAAGAAUCUUCCAGUUAAUGUACGAUGGCUAUUAUGUGGAUGCCUUUGCUGCUGCUGCACUUUAGGUUGUAGUAUGUGGCCAGUUAUCUGCCUCAGUAAAAGAACACGAAGAUCGAUUGAGAAGUUAUUAGAAUGGGAAAACAAUAGGUUAUACCACAAGCUGUGCUUGCAUUGGAGACUAAGCAAAAGGAAAUGUGAAACGAAUAACAUGAUGGAAUAUGUCAUCCUUAUAGAAUUUUUACCAAAGACACCGAUUUUUCGACCAGAUUAGCAUUUGAUUUAUUUAUAGAGACUUAUUCAAGUAUGUUGUCUUUCCAAUGGUGCCUUGCUUGGUGCUCUCCUGGUAGUGACAUAACAUUGGUUCUACAGAAUCUUGUGGUGGUUUCAUUUGUUUUUGUUUGUUUUGGUUUUUCGUGUUUGUUUUGGUUUAUUUUUGGUUGGUUAGUUUUUUUUGUGGUUUUUUUUUUUUAUAAAGGUAUGUUCUAAGUGCAUUUGGUCAAACUCUACAAAGUAAUUUCACAUAAAUGUUAAUUACUACUUAAGUUAUUUUUACUUUUGCUACUUCUGUUUAUUAAUGUAUCUUGAUUUUCAAAAGAGUCUUUUAUAUGUGUGUGCGCGCGUGUGUACAUAUAUAUAUUACUAUAAAUACACAGCUGAAAAUUAUAUACAAGUGAACAGGUAUUUUUUUAUCCCAAUAUGAUACAACUGAUUGACUGUACAUUGUGUAAAUCCCUUUAGACAUUCAUUUACAUGCUGAAGUUCCUUCUAAGAUAUUUGGAAACUUCUGUCAGUGACUAGUCAGCUGUAAAUACUUUUAUUUCUUUUUGCGAUAUUGACUGGUCCCUUCCAGCAAAAGAAAGAGACAAAAUUCUUUUUGAAACGGUGAUUUUUGGAAGCCAGAUGAUGUUAGUAGAAAUCUCUAGCUUUUCAUGAAGAAGUCCUGUCAACUGGUUCUGAAAAGUUUGGCUUUAACAAAUUAAAACAAAAAGGCAGCCAAGUGGAAUUAUUUUACCCAGACUAGAAGAAUCAGAGAGCAUUGCAUGCAUCUGGUUAGUAGAACUCAAGAUCACAAAAGUGUAUUAUUAUUAUUAUUAUUAUUAUUAUUAUUAUUAUUAUUGCAUUUUAUUAGGUAGUUGUUUUAAUUCAGUCAGUUGCCAUGUGCCAGCUUUAUUCAUACUGUAUACCAGAUCUUGUAGACAGGGGUGCAGAAGAACUUGUUUUACUAAAAUGCAAUUGCCCAAAAAGUCCUUUCAUGGGUUUUUUUGUUUAUUUUAAAGCCACAUAAGCAGAAAAAAAAGUUACUGAAGAGUUCUUGAAUGGUGCAGUUCCAGAUGCAAAUACCAUGUAUUAAGAGUCAUGAAAGCAGGGUGUGCUGGGCAACAGUGUAAGUUUAGAUGUGUUAGGCAGUUAUUUAUUGCACCCUUUCUUUUGCUCAUUUUGGUUUACAAAGGUUAUUUUCUGCACAAGUAUAAGACUUUUUUAAACUGGAUAUAUGAUGUAUGCUUGGGUCAGGACAGUUGUAUUUCUUUUCUUCUGAUUAUAUUUUAGUUGUACAUAUCUUCACACAUAGCUGUUAGGGCUAUUUUUAAUUGCAAUUCUCAUAUUGUAAAAUUUGCUUUAGGUAUCUAAAAUUACUGAAAUGACACAAAAUUGACGCAAGUUAAGAACAUGUUCCUUGUACAGUUGUGUUAGCAAGCAAUAAUGUGAAUAUAUGAAAAAAACAGAUAUACUCUGCUUAAUAUUUGUAUGAAUGAAAAGUUGAUACCACUAAAGAGUAGUCUUCUCUUUUUAAUCUUUUAAAUACAAGUUUUAUUUCAAGGUAAUGUAUUACAGGUACCUUGAUGCUGUGAACUAUUUUUCUAUGUCUUCAAAAUAUUUGUUCUCUGUAAAAUAUUCCCUAGUGAGUAUUAUAUUCCCAAACUGUUCAUAGUGGGAGGGGUCCAGAAAGUUUUUUUUUCUUAAAUCUAAGCCUUCUGUAUCUGUUCCCAAAAUUCAUCCUUUGCUCAGCUUUCAUCUGUGGAUUCCUACUGUUCACUUUGAAAAUAGCUCAGCUAUGCUUUUCAUACAAGCCUGCAAGGGUGUUUCUUUGACUUGACAGAGUAUGAUUUUUAAUUAUUGAUUCCCAAUUUUGUGCUGGCCUCGGUCUUCUGAGUGCCACCCAUGGUUUCUCUACAAAGUAACUGUUUAUAAUUUUCUGAAAAUCAAUUUCAACCUCUUCUUCAGUACAAAUAUGGGUCUGCUGCACUCCUCUCACCCAGAAGCAUUAAUUUUAAACUCAGACUAGUUUCAGCCUGCAGGAGGACAGAAGCCUGAUGCUGAUGGCAGCAGAAACUGGGGAGCUUGGAGGUGCAGAGGAGAAGUUGGAAUUGAGCAGAAGUGGUAACUGAUGAUAAAUACAUAUGACCAGAAAUACAUAUAUUGCUUUCUUAUAGUAUCAGUUUUCAAUAAAAUGAAUAUUGGAUCAUAUGAGGCCUAGAUUUUAUAAAAAUUUUCAUUUGACUAUAGGGAUAAUUUGUGUCAUGGAUGCGGUUUUCCACUGGUAUGGAAACCUAUCUCUACUCUAGUGGAGGAUAUGGCUUGUGAUCUGUUCAUAGCAGCUGUUUGCCUUAGUUUACUACUCAAACUUCCCAUAGUAUGUUCUGUCCACAUCCACAGCUACCUUGCCAGCAGCACCCAAGCCCAGCGACAGUAGAGGUGCUUUGGGUGUGAUGUGUGCUGAGACCAGAGCAGUGAAUAGAGUGUGGCUUACAGAGUAUCCCAUUAGUAAAGCUUCCACAUUAAUGGCAGUGAUGCUUAAGAACUUGUCCACUUCUAGGUGCAUCAGCAGUCAUAGGAUUGGUUAGCAGGCAUUUCUGAAUUUUACCUGUGACCUACUCUUUAAGAAAUAGUAUAGAGGUCCAACAUGGAGCUCUGAGCAAUUAAAAAGUUAAAUCCCUUUCUACGAAGGCCAGACUUACUCCCUCAAAAAGUAUUUUGGAUAUUUUAUUAAAACAAUGUCUCAGACUUAAAAUUCAGUCAAGAAACUUGAGAAACUGUCUAUAUGGAGAGAUGAGUUUUAUCUCAGAAGUUGUACUCUCCUGAAGUAGUAGUAUGCUUACCUGGUAAGAAUGUCACAAAACGUUUUCUUACAAUUCCUUUCAAUUCAUUAUUUACAAUGAUGGAAAUUGAAGAUGGCAGGAGCUUUAAUCAACUGUUCAAUGCCUGCAGCAGUUGUCAGGAUUUUCUUUUGAUGUUGCUUCUGAAAUACUAAAUCUAUUUAUUUUGAUUGCUAGUAAGAAGACAUUAUCUUACCUUUUUUGUCACUUGGCAAAGAAUGAAACUGUAGUUUGAGCAGACCAGAAGCUAUAGUAGGACUUCCAGGACACAGCCUACUCUUUGCUAAAAUAACUAUUAUAUUAUACUAACUGUUUUAGCUUCUUGCAUCUCAGCAAUUCCUACAGAUAAUCCUAUCUAUUUCAAAUUUCCUUGGACAGUUAGGUAUCAAGUUGAUAUUAAUCAUUUAGCAAGUGAUGCCUGUUAUGCCUGUUCCAUUUUUAGCCUGCUUAAACUAAUGGUGAAGGCAUCAAUGAAUCCCUGUGAGAGCUAAUUAUUAUUUUUAGAUGUAGUCACCUUUAACUGAUGAAUAAAGAUUUCUUUCUUACUGUAAUAUAUUAGAAAUAAAUUAUUUUAGAGUUUUUAGUCAUAGGUAGAAGUAAGUUCUGAGGGAGAAGAACUUCCUCUCUGACCCUACGUAAAGAAUUCUGUAGAGCUCAUCUGUUGUUAGAUAGCUGUGUCUUGAAGUUUAUAUUGGGAUUGACAGACUUCACCAGAAAUUAAAAUGUUUAUGGAGGUAGGUUAUAGGGAGACAGUUUUUAUGUAAUAGGUCAGUAAGAGUAAUUUUAAUCAACUAUUUAUGCAAAUCCAAAAUUUUCCCACAAUACUUAUGUAGUUAGAUGGAAAUUAUCUCUAAAUGAAUUUGUUAAAUUAUAUGUUUUUGUAAUUCUCAGGACCAUGAUGUUUAAAUCUAAUAUGCUGUCUCUCACAUACAGAGUUACUUAAAAGUCAGUUUUCAUUUUUAAUUUUUUUUCUAAAAGUCAUUAUUUAUCCCCAAAGGUUGUAGGAAGAGGUUUAAAAUGCAAUCUGUAACUGCUUAGAAGGCAGGAGCCAAGGAAAAAGAACUUAUAUUUAUUCCCUUCCUUCUACCCCUCACCCCAAAGUCUUAAUUUUAAACUGGUCCCCUUGUUUUGGAGCCCUAGUUUAUGGGUUUUUAGCACCUGGCAAUAAUGCAAAUUGUCCACCAAAAACCCCCUUUGAAUUCUGAACGGGUUUAAAUGAUCACUUUAAUUGAAGAAGUGAAAGACUUGUUAAGCAAAGAAAAUACCUAGUUAUUUUAAGUUCUCCCAGCACUGCUGUUGAGUAAUUAAAAGAAGGAUCAUGAUGACCCUACAUGUGAUUUUGUGUAAAGAAAACACUCAGAGAGGUCUCAGAGCCUCAAAUGUCUUGGAUUCAUAGUAGUGACUUAUUAAGGGUAAGUGCCGCUGGCUAGUUUUGUAUCUGUGACUAAAAUAAUUUGUAUUGCUCUUCAGCAACCUUGCUUAUGAAAAGAAAGCAUUUCAGAAAUCUGUAUUCAUCACUACCAAUUUGCUGUAAUUUCUGUGCUUCUCCCUAUAGCCACAUUGCAUUUCCAUGACAAACAGCUAAGUGUAUGAUCAUUAUAAUGCCUUUAAUAGCCAUAUUGUAGGUAGAAGUAUUAACUUCUCAGGGACUAAUAGGAAAUAUGAACAUGGAAUUAAUGAGCUGAAUGCCUAUCUGCAUGAAGGCUUACUUUGCAAAUGUCAUCCUAGAAACUUGAUUGUAAUAUGCAUGACCAUUAUGAAUGUUAUCAAUAUAAAGUUAUGAGAGCUUAUUUUACCCGGUAUUACUAGGCUGCUGAAUGUCAAAGAAUGUUGGAUAAGGAUAAAUGAAGGGGGUUUUUUUCUGAUUUGGAUGGAGUGAUUAUUUCUAAUGGUGCUACCUUCUUAAUUCCUGUGUUUAUUCUUUGUAAAGUUCUCUCUGUAGGAUGGGUGACUCAGGGGAUACUGGUGUACUAAAAAAAACAGUAUAAUUCUUCUUAAGGAAGUAGAAUAAUUUCAAGGGGAGAAGUACUCCAGACAUGGAAAAAAUUCAGUACUGAAAAACAUGCAUUUAUUCUUCAUUAGAUAUCUAUUUGUAUUGUUUUGUUGGUAACAUUAUUUUGCAGUUCAUUAGUUUUUGAACUUUCAUCUUUCUGGACAUUAAUAUUUCAAUCAGUGUAGGCUGAAUUAGAAACCAUGUUUGAAAAAUGAAAACCCCCUGAUUUCCUUGCAUGAAACUUCAUAUGUUGACACUUGUGCUGCUGCAUGUAUGUAUCCCUACCACAUAAUACUGGGUAAUAUACAUAGUUUAUAAUACUUCAUUUUACUGGUUUCAUGGAAGUUGUCCUUUAAAAAAAGUCUUCUGGUUUGUUUAGCUCAUUAAUAUUUCAUUAAGAUUUAUUUUAUAAAUUUCAUAAAUGCUUGGCUCCUCAAAAUUCAACAAACCAAUAGGAACAAUUUAGUGAGGCAAAAAAUGAAACAUAGGAAUUAGGAGAAGCAACACUCAAAAGAUUGGAUUUGGGGAUUAGGUUUAGAGUUCUGCAAGUAUGACAGAAAAUAGUUUUGAACUGAAUGCAGUGGUAUUGAAUGAUGCAAGUCAAUCAAAAGCUAGCAGUCCAUUUCAGUAAUUACGUAAUUGUGUGUUAACUUCUGUUCACCUUUUUUAUUUUGGUGUGUUACUAAUUUAUUUUGGUUAUCCUCUAGUUGAUAGACAAUUCUGCUAUCAUGCAGAAUAGUAAUGCAGAAGGUGAGCUUCCUUCUGAACUCAGCGUCUCUUUGUUUAAAAUAGCCAGACCAAAAUGGAAUUCCUGAUGAGACCUGCACUGAGUGCAGAACAGUCUUUUCCUAAGCUGGAGCCUGUAAUGCAUGGCUAAUUGUUUCCAAAGAAAAUUCUUGACUUGUCCAGACAGCUCCUGUCAUAUGACAGUAUAUCUAAGGCCCACAAGUAGGAUCCGUUUAGUACAAUUUAAGUUCAGGUAAGUAAGACUUUUGUAGUUAAUUGUAGUUUUUUACAGAGAAGGGAACCAUUGACAAAUGCUCACUUUGAGAGAACAAAUAGUUUUUAUGAUGUUUAUUGAAACAUGCUUUUUUUGUUGUUGUUUGUUCCUCAUUUAUAGCUUAAUAAUUGAAAGUUACUUUGCCUCGUGUUGAAAACUAGACUUAGUAGUCAGCUGAAGACUUUUUUUGUUACAGUAUUUUAGGUUUAUGAAUACAUUUUUAAAGUCAUGUUUAGAAAUGUUUCAAAAAGUCAUAUCCUGAUGCAGUGUAAGUUAUAUUUUUAGUGGCUGUAUGUUUAAACUGGUUUUGUUGUGCUGAUAUAAAUAUCUAACUCAUCCACUCCAAGUGUUUAUCUCUGAUCCUUUUUUGCUAGCAAUAGGCUUUCUAAGUUGUUGGGAUAUGCAGUGUACCUAAUGGUUAAUAUUGUCAAUGAACAAUUUGGUUCAGUAAGAUAAUAGGGAAUGCAAAGUAGUUCCUGAUUUGAAAAGUGUCACCCAGAUUCUUGUUUUCAUAAAGGAUGGAGUAUAGCAAUCAGACUAUGAACUCAUUCCAAACAUAAAUUUGAUAUAGAAUAGUAAACAACAAAACAGUGCCUAAAUAUUGUGUGCUAAAUUAGACCUGUGUAACUCAUAUUGCUUUACAAGAAUUUGCAGAGAAGUGCAUCACACUGUGGGUGCUUAGGAAAGACCUGUUAAAUGUAUGAAGCAGUAAUGGCAAAUAAGUCACUGAAAAGAUGUUGCCAUCAAGAGGGAAAACUUAAAACCAAGUAUUUUGUAGUAUGAUAAAGAUCCAUUUCAAGCAGAAACUGUGUAAGCAAUAAUUUAACCUAAAACUGGAAAUUAAAGAAGCUGCUACUUAUAGAGAGACUUGAUGUUAAUUUUGCCCGUUGGGCAUCUCUCCUCUCACGAAGAGUUUCGAAAGAUAGGGUUGCUGUGAUUUCCACUAUUGUAACAUUCCUCUUCAAGUAUCUUAAGUCCGGGUGAGAGACUCAAAGCUUAGAAGCCAGUACUGUGUUUACAGCGUGCAGAGCUCUGGGAGGAGAAGAUAGAAAUCAAAGGACUUUAUAAAGGCUGCACAAUUGUAUAUAUGCAUAUUUAAGAAUAUUUAACCAUGUGUGCUAAAUUACUGAGGCUAAUCUAUUGUUGUAUUAUAGAAUAUUAUUUAAUACAUCAACAUUGUUUUUUCCUGACCUGACCCAGAAUUGGAAUGGACUCCAAUAUAACUUUUUUAAAGCAUUUCUUAAGUUGUAUGUAUUAUAAACUAAUAAAAUAAUUGUUAACCUA